AUGCUUUUCGAACUCGCUCCAGUCCCUCUGGCACUCUAUACUCGCCAGAUCCUUCGCAUUUCGAUCCACUUCAUCAUAUUCCCUCGGCGCACCUCAAGCUCAGUAGCUCCGCCUGGUAAAAGAGCAAAUUCCGCGCGGACAGCUCGUCGAAGCGUCGAGGCAACCAGUGCGAAUCCUCGGGUAGGACUCUCCGUACUUUGGGGCGCGAGCUCGAUGUCGACGGUCGACAUGAUUGUUCGUGUUCUGGAAGGAGCUUUUGAGGUUGAAGAAGUUGUUUCAGGAAUUGAGGUGGGGUGGAGACAAGUCAUUGGUAGGAUAAGAAUGAGGCUGCAGAAGUCAGCCCGGCUAUAUGCCUUGGGCGUGCACCAAUGCCCUGGAUCUUAUCAUCCUUUGCAAAUCCUUCUCUUCAAGGUCGUCAAUAUUAGUAUGGAAGAGCAGAGAAUCGAAACGGCCCGUCUGCUCGGAGAGAGCGGUGGCAGAGAGAGACAAUCACCGUUUCUCGGUAGAUCAACUCUCUAUUUCGCGUCAACUGGUGUGGAUGACUGCGGUGGAGGGAUACAGAUUUAUCAGCCAGACUCGUGGACAAUCUCACGAAGGAGCAACUUCUCCGAUUUUGUCGGCUUCAAGAACUGGAUCAAGCCUUUCCAAACCAACCCCUCUCUGGGCUCUAACGCUCCAUCGUCUGGGUUUUUGAGGCCGCAUUCCUCGUUCUGGACACGUGCGUAUUCAAAGACAACGAAUUACAAGCGCAAAGCUCUGCGUUGUCUAAUUGGUGGAUCAGAAGAAUGCUUUGCUCGACCAGAUUCUGCCUCGGAUAGGGACAUCGUCGCCGAGAUAUUCGCCGAAGAGAACGGCAAUCCUGUUCGGCGUGGAGACGAAGACAAAAGCUUCUUCCAGCUGGGAAACGGCAAUGUGAUACACUUUGGGGAUCUGCUCGCUUUGAAGUGGGUCGGGUCGCCUCAAGAAAGAAUCAAUUUCAUCGCAGACGGAAGGUCUCUUACUGCCGGCGCUGAUACAGCGUCUGAUCUUGACUUGAUGUCUUGGGAAUGUGCUCAGAGAAGAGGGUUUAAGAUCGACACUAGCGAAAGUGCACGCACCCAAGUGUUUCUAGCCGAUGAGAUGAUAGUCGAAACAUCGGGCGAGUCCGCAUUUCCUCUCUUGGGCUCUCCCAAUUCGACAGCUUCGGCAUGUCUUUCCACGUCUUGCCUGGCCUUCCUUGCGACGUUAUUUUUGGCGAAGAGUUCUUGGAGCAAAUGGAUGCAUUCAACACUUGCGACAUGCGUUCUUGACCAGAAAGUGGGCGUCUAA